AUGCUUAAAAACAGAAAAUGUUCAUAUUGCGACGAACUUAUUGAAAAACAAUGUAAAGAGUGCGACUCCCCAUAUCGAAUAAGUGAAAGUUGGACCAGUGGAGAUGUUCGUAUCGAUAACUUCAUCAAAGAUGCUAUGUAUAAAGCAAGGAAUGGCGGAAGAUGGCUUGAAUGGAUAUCAUUUGAUAGAUUUACUAACAUAGAAUUAUAUGAAGAUGGCUUUGAUAAAGUUUAUUUGGCGUUAUGGUUGGAUGGUAGAGAUAAUUACCUUGAGCAGAAUGGAAGUUUGAAAAAUGAACCACAACCUGUAAAAGUUUUCUUGAAACAAUUUAAUUUAUCAGCUGAUUGUUUAAAUGAGAUUAAAAAUCAUUGGGAGUUCUUUAACACAGUUGUUGCUUUAUCAUCAAAGUUUUAUGGAAUAUCUAAAACAUCCGGAAACUCAAGAAUUUAUAAUGGUCAUUCAUUAUGGAAAUCAAAGACCUUUGCACCAGAAUUUGGAAAAGGAACUCCCGAAAUUUAUAAGGAUUUUGUUAAUAAAUGUAUAAAUGUUAAUCCGGACCGAAGGCCCACAUCACCUGGACUAUACAAGCAAUUAAAAUUUUGGUAUAGAUGUAUUAUUGGAGAUUGUGCCGAAUCUGAUAAAUAUGGAGAAAUGGUAAAAUCAGCAUUUGAUAACGCAGAUAAUUAUAAUGAUGAAGACGUUGAAGAAGAUGCAGGUUAA